UGGGACACAGUUCCUUUCUUCUUCGCAAAGUUUUUCCAGGCCUUGGCACACAUGGUGGCUCUUGACUGUUUUUGGAAGCUCAGCGAGCGUGCAGAUACACUCUCCCAAGCCGACCUUCUAAUUCCGCUUGGGGGUGGGACCCCUCCAAAGCCCAUCUGCAGCCCCUGAGGCAGUGCCCUGGGUCAGAUGAGGCCAGUGCUGGAGCCCCCUAGACAGUGUCGGGUCCCACCCCCUCAUCUUGAAGAUGAGGAAGCUGAGGCCAGGAGGGGAAGUGACUCUCCCCAGCAGGCUGGCAGCCAGCCCAGAGCAGACCAUGACGAUUCGCAGCUCACUCAGAUGCACUGGACCACCUGUAGUUUGUUACAGUCUGCUGAUACAAUCUGUCUUUGCCUAUGGGUGGCACAAGCUGUUAAGCCCUUGGCUGUUAACCGAAAGUUUGAUGGUUCAAAUCCACCCAGAGGCACCUUGGAAGGAAGGCCUGAUGUACUUCCAAAAGAGCACAGCUACUGAAAACCCUACGGAACACAGUUCUACUCUGACACACACAUGGGGUUGCCCUGAGUUGGAAUUGGAAUUGGCUCAAUGAGAAGUCUCCAAGGCAGUUGGUUUGUUUAUUUCGUGGAUGUUCAAAAGGCUUUAUAUUAAGGACAUUUAAGAACCCCCACCUUCCAGGAACCAUGCUGCUGGUGAUCAACGAAGGUCGUCUCGCCCUUCAGCUCUAUUUAGGGACCUAUUUGCUUGGCCCAUGACCUUUCUCCAUUCAAUUUCAUUUCCCUCCUGGUAUGAGGCUGGAAUUUGUCCUCACUCAAAUCCUUCAGUGAGAUGAAAGGAUCCAGCUGGUCCUGUUGAAGAAAGACUGCCACACACUGCAGUGCUCUGUAAUUGCUACUCCACGAACACAAACUAUGGCAUGUUAAAGGGGAAGUGUUUAUUAUUCUUGACAAAGAUUUGAGCCCAUCAUUUCAGGAGGGUGAAAGGACCCUCAGCCAAUCUGUUGUUGGUGUCACAGGGAAGACCAUGAGCCCUCUAAACUGCUCCUUCACUGCUGUGGAUGAGCUGACAAAAGCUCUGCAGCUGGCAGUCCACAUCCCCACCUUCAUCCUGGGCUUAGUCCUCAACCUGCUGGCCAUCCGACGCUUCAGCUCCUUCCUGAGGAAGAGGCGGCCGGAUUAUGCUGCCACCUCCAUCUAUAUGAUCAACCUGGCGGUCUUUGACCUGCUGCUGGUGCUCUCCCUCCCGUUCAAGCUGGUGCUGUCCCACGUGCAGGCGCCCUUGCCUUCCUUCUGCACCACGAUCGAGUGCCUCUACUUCAUCAGCCUGUACGGCAGCAUCUUCACCAUUUGCUUCAUCAGCCUGGACCGCUUCUUGGCCAUCCAGUACCCACUCCUGGUCAGCCACCUCCGCUCGCCCAGGAAGAUUUUCAUGAUCUGCUGUGCCAUCUGGGUCCUCGUGUGGGUCGGGAGUAUCCCUAUCUACAGCUUCCACGGGGAAAUGGAAGAGUACACAUGCUUCCACAACAUGUCUGAUGGCACCUGGAGCCCAGAGAUCUUCUUCCCCUUGGAGGUGUUCGGGUUCCUUCUCCCCUUGGGCAUCGUUGCUUUCUGCUCCUCCAAGAGUAUUCACAUUCUCCUUGGCCGUCAGGACCACACUCAGGACUGGGUCCAGCAGAGGGCUUGCAUCUGGACCAUUGCGUCCAGCCUGGCUGUCUUUGUGGUCUCCUUUCUACCAGUGCACCUGGGUUUCUUCCUGCAGUUCCUGGUGAGGAACGGGUUUAUCCUGGAGUGCAGGGCUAAGCAGAACAUCAGCUUCUUCUUGCAAUUGUCCCUCUGUUUCUCCAACAUCAACUGCUGCCUGGAUGUUUUCUGCUACUACUUUGUCAUCAAAGAAUUCCGCGUGAACAUCAUGGCACACCGGCCUUCCAGGGCCCAGCUGUUCCUCCAGGACACCACGAUCACCAGGGACUGAGGGAAGAGAAGCCCUGCUCAGAGGAAGGAAACCCCAUCCCUGAAUUCCAGUAGCAGGUGUCUGUUCCAAAGUAUUUGACGUGAUGGGAUAUAUGGAUCACUAAUCACUGAGAUGCUUCCCCUUUCGAUGCUCAGUGAAAGCCAUCUUGGCUCAUUGUACCCCAAAGACCUUUCCUCUAAAUCCAGACAACUUGACUUGAAUCACCAAGUGUUUGGGGGAUUUCUGAAAAACCUGAGAAUCAGACAAAUUCUUGAGUUCUAAGUCCAAAAACUACGAGGCAGAAGAGUUGAGGAAGAAAAUGAGAUGACCAUAUGAACAAGACUACUUUUCAACUCUACCCUGUCUUUCUUUUAGACUAUGAAAUUCUAUAGGGGAAAAAAGAGAGAGAGAAAGAGGAGUUAGGAGAGGGAUUCAAGAGAAUCAGUCAUGGUGGAGGGUGUCCUGGGCAGAGAUGGAGGAGGAAGGAUCAAUCCCCCUUUCUAGCUUGGGGAAAAGAUUUCUACUUUCCCAUCCCUUCUGGAAGUCUCUUGGCCAACAACCUCAAAGAGAUGACAGCAAGUGGGAAUGUUAGAGGCAGAGCGAGUACACAGGACGGCCCCAAGUUUCCCAUGGGCCUUAGAAAGGCGUGGCUCGUCAGCCAAACCUUCCUAUGCCCACAAGAAAGACAUGCAAGGACUGAGGGGGUAGCAUGAACCAGUUCAUGGUAAAACUGUGGAUACUUUGUGGAAGCAAUGGGAAUAGAGCAGAAAGAGGUAGGUGACACCUGAGAGGGGACAGGAUACCCUUGGGGAAGGAAGCCAGAGUGUGAUGGAGGCUACCCUCUCCCAUCCCACUGCCAUCAGGGUGUUGCCUGCAUGGCGCUUUUGCAAUUGGCCCAGGGGAGGAGGGAUUGUGAAAGAAUAUCCUGGGUGAGGGUAAAUAGGGAAUGUGACCAGCUUUCUAUCUUGAACAGACCAAGGUGUUCAUUGGACUCAGUUUCUGUGAAAACAAUUAGAAAGACCCAGGCUUGGUUCAGUUCAGCCACAGGACAAUGAAGGUGAGUUUUCUUUGCACAUCUGAGUCCUGGCAGUGGAGCUGGCCCUGGGUGCACUACCUAUGGAGCUGCCCCUCUCCAGUGCCUAGGAGUGAGAAAAUGAGUCAGCCAGGAACUGGGGGGCCAUUUUGUUCCCAAGAUACAAAAACCUGGCUUUGAGAAAGAUAGCAACAGGGUUUUUGGCAGAACUUGGUUGGAAACUGUAAACAAUUGGAUCCCUGCUUGGAUUGGGCUCUGAACAAUCUAAAGAAGGAGGCACAGUCACAGCCCAAGGCCUUCAGAUGACUCAGCUAUUCCAAUGAGUCAAACGAUUGUAAGGAUAAAUUGUGGGGUAGGCAGAAUGAGUGGGAGGAGAUAACAGCUGAGCCUUAAUGUAGACAAAGUGAAAGUCUUGGGAAGAAAAGCAGCCCUGUUCUACCUGUGGGGUAGGAGGCUUUGAUGCCAAGUGGUGGCCAAAGACCUGUGGGGGCCAUUUAGAUAAAACCCAAGACCUGCUGGGGAGGGGGCUGAGCAAUCACCUGGGCUUGAAGUCCUGGGGCUGGCUCUGGGAGGGGUGUGAGGAUGGUGGUGGGGGAGGGGAUGGGCAGGAAGAGCUGAGGGCAGAGUUGCUUCCUGCCUGAGAACCUCAUUUCCCCAACUAGACUGACAGCCAUUCAAGGGCAGGAGCCCCCUCUUCUCCUGCUGCCACCAGCCCCUGACUCCCUCUUCUGGGUGCACUCCAGAGGCCUUGUGUGUGGCUGGAGUGAAGGGUGAAGAAAAACGGGUCAGUGAAGGGGUAGACGUGGUGUGGCGGGGUAACUGCGGCCAGGACAAAAGACUCCGGCCCUCAGAAGGGCCCUCCAGGAACCCGGAAUGAGGCAGAGUUCUGCCCCACUGCCCCUCACCCUGGACACUCUUCUUCUGCCUGCCUUCCUUCGGCUGCCCAUCCCACUGCCAAGGGGCACAGAGAUGCCAACUGUGCUACUUCUAAAGACUCAGACUGUCAUAGAAAACAGGACUUUUGGGGCUGGAUUAGGGUCUGGGACUCAGAGCCCAUGGGUGGGUGGAGUUAGGGACUGCUCCUGCUUCAACUUCUCUCUUUGCAUUUGGAGCUUGGAGUUCGCCCUGGUGGAGGUGAAUGGCUCUCUUCAUGUUGCACUGUGUCUAUGAUAUACAGUGGUGACCAGACCACUCACCAUCCCAGCAAUGCUCAAACAUAAAGUCAUGUCUGUGGGCAGCUUGGCUCUCCCUGAGCCAGGUAACAGAGAGGGCUCUAGAUGCCUGAGAGGAGGAUCACCAUAAAGGGUGGGCAGUCUAGAUAGAUCCACGAGCUGGGUCCUCUUCUACGUAGAUCCAUGAACUAGGUCUUCUUUUAGAUAGAUCUAUCAGCUGGGUCUUCUUCUAGAUAGAUCCACCAGCUGAGUCUUCUAGACAGAUCCACCAGCUGUGUUUUCUUCUAGAUAGAUCCACCAGCUGGGUCUUCUUCUAGCUAGAUCUACCAACUCAGUCUUCUUCUAGAAAGAUCCACAAGCUAUUGGCAUAGGUCCAUGGAGGGGUGCAGCAGUCUUGGUUGAAAUGGCAACUGUGGGCCUGUGGGUGAGGUUUGGAGACCUUUUGACUGAUCCCAAUAUCCUGAGGGGAGGAGAAGACCUCCUCUCUAUCACCAUGGGGACUCAUCCUGCCCUGUGAAUCAGAGAACUCAUCAGGGCCGAAGGAAGCAAGGCACAGGCUGAAUGCUGCAGUCCAGAGUGGCUGUUCUGUGGAAGGUCCACGUUCUGGUCUCCUGUAUCUGAAAUGCCACUGAGCCUGGCCCACAAUUGGCAGUGGGGCCCAGCAGGCACAGAAGGGGGCAGAGCACCACCUCCAGGUGAGCAAGCAGCUGAGGGCCUACCCCCCAAGCAAGCAGCAGCUAGUGAGUCGGGGGCCCCCUGCCAAACUUUCUGUUACUAAAGCCAGUGGUGGCUUGAAGAAGUUAUUAGGGCAUAAACGUGGCCAUAUUUAUCCUAGACUGGGAAAGCUGAGACACACCUGUUACAUGGGCAUUUGUGAAACCAGCAUAAUUAAUUGGAAUAAACAAUUCAAUUCAUCUGGUUUACCAAAUAAAGCAACUUGUAUGAUGUCAUGUGACCUCGUCUGGUUCCAGAGAAGGGCUGGGCCCCUCAUGGCCCUUGCCAGAUGACCCAACACUCUUGGUCCUUUCAGUAGUCACCUGGAAAUGGAGCCUGAGGCCACAGGAAACAGGUACUCAUGCGUGCUCCUGAGCAUGACAGUGGCUUGUCCCUGGUGGCCAGGAGCCAGACCCCACCUGUCCCCACCACAGUCCCUCCCCUCUCCCCAACCUCCGCUCACUGUCUAUACCAUACUACCAUGACCACUAGAGCUUCCUUCUAAGGUCCUAGGUCCACAUACACCAUAUGGCCCAGCACAAGAGACCUGCUAGCCUCCAAGGAACUAAAGACCCAGAGUCAGCUCUGCAGGGGUCCUCUGCUGGUGACCCCUCCCUUCCCUGACCACCUACAAGGCAGUCCGACUCUCCAGGUUAGAUCUGAAUUUUUCCCCUUGGUUCCUUACAUGUGAAUCUUGCCAACCAGUCCAGAGCUCCUGGAGAGUGUGAGCUGCUAGGUCAUGGCCCGGGCCACCCCUUUCUUCUGAGUGCCCCCUAAUCCUGAGGACAGCCUGGUCACACCCCGGUGUCAUCUGCUAUGGAGCCAGGAGCCAAUGCACAUCCAGGCCAUGCCCUAGACAGGGUUUGACUUGGAAAAUGCCAGCCCACACGCUGCAUAUAUUAACUAUAUUCCUUUUCAGUCACCUCUCAGGGGCCCUAUGGGAGCCCUGCUGGUGCAGUUGUUAAGAGCUCCGCUGCUAACUAAAAGGUUGGCAGUUAGAAUUCACCGGUCACUCCUUGGAAACCCUAUGGGGUAGUUCUACUCUGUCCUAUAGGGUCGCUAUGAGUUGAAAUCAGCUCCAUGGCAACGGGUUUUUGGUUGGGACCGUAUGAAGCUGAAAGUCAUCAUAUUAAUGCUAUGUUGCUGCUUGUUGUUGCUGUUAUUAGCUGCUGCUGAGUCGGCCCCUGAUUCAUGUGAAGCCACGCACAACAGAACAAAACAGUGCUGGGUCCUGCGCCAUCCCUGUGAUCAGCUGGGGAUCGGACUGUUGUGAUCCAUAGGGUUUUCAUUGGCUGAUUUUUUAAAGUAGGUGGCCAGGCCUUUCUUCCUAGUCUGUCUUAAUCUGGAAGCUCUGCUGAACACUGUUUAGCUUCAUAGCAACAUGCAAGCCUCCACUGACAGACACUUGGCUGUACAUGAGGUGCACUGGCCAGGAACUGAACCUGGGUCUCCACAUGGAAGGUGGGAAUUCUACCAGUGAAUCACUACUAGUGUCCCCUCUGUAACUGCUAUGGGUUACUAGUGAUAUUUGGAAUAGUAAGAUCACCCUGUAGCAGCAAGCUGCCAUAAAUAAAUAGUAAUGGCAUAGGUGUUUGGAACGACUGAGACCUGUAGACAACUGUAGAGACUAACAGAAGUUAAAGGAAUUUUGUCAAUAGAUCAAUGAGGAAAGAAACUGGGAAGAGCAACCCCUGUGGGUGUGAGCAGAGGCUGGUGUGCACGACAAUCCUGAGGCGGGGAUGGAGGCAUUCCUGGGUGGAGACCCCAAACCCCCUGGUUGGUAGGGCGUGCUGUGCACAGGCACUUCCCACAGCCAAGGGAAGGCAGGCUGGGGCCAUGGUGAGCCCCACUGCUAAGGAGGACAAGGACUCAAAGACCCACAAAGUGGCGCUUUGGAGCUUCCUCUCAAAGGGCCAUCACAGCCACCUUGCGCUCCUUGCCAACCGGGGCAGGGAAUGGACAUCCCAGGGAGUGCGCACAGCAGGUCAAGGAUGGGCUCCAGGAGCUAGAAGCGGAGGCUAAACCAGACCUCCCUGCCUCCACUUCAGGCCUGAGACCCCGUCCUAGGCCAACAGCUUGCAAGACGCACCCUCCUCCUGGUGCUAGCAGCAGGCGGGACUCAAUGGUGUCUUGAUUGUGACCCACGACAAGACCAAGAUGUGGCCCCGUGUGCUUUGAAGUCACGGGGAGCGUAGGAUCAGAAGCAUUGUCACUUCAAACCUCGAAGUCGGCUUUGCAUGGUGGAGGGGCCCUGAGUUCACCUUUGAGGCCUCCAACACCCCUUUGUUCUGGGGUUGUCACUAGGGCAAGUGUGAGAAAUGCUUCCUGCAAGGGGGGAUGUUGAGACCUGUGGUUCCACAGGGUGCAGUGCGGUUAUACGAAGUGUCUAGGGUGCUGCCAAUGUGGCGUCUCUGCAAAGUAUGUCCCCUCUGAGAAGCCCUUCUUUUCUCAUGACACCCUGGACUGUACCACCACCAGAUGGCUGCCCACAAGCACGCACCUGAGUCCUUGUGCCACUGCAUCUUGUAGGCUGGGAGUGGCGAUCACAGGUAAUUGGGAAAGGUGCAAAGCUGGGACGUCCCCUUUAGCCAGCACCAAGUCCUGCCCAGGCAUCGGACCAGAAGUGGCCAGACCCAGAUAAUCCAAAUAGUUGAGUUUCACAGAUGGCUCAUAUAAGUCUCAAUGACCCUGACUUGGGGAAGAUACUGAUGUCCAAUGACCCCAUAUAUAUACCUUUACAGGGAGGAGUCCCUGGGUGGUACAAAUAGUUAAUGUGCUCAGCUGCUAACCAAAAGGCUGUAGGUUUGAGUCUUCCCAGAGGCACCUCAGAAGAAAGGCCUGGAGACCUAUAUCCCCCAAAAUCAGUCACUGAAACACCUGUGGAGCACAGUUCUACACUGACACACGCAUAGUUGCCGUAAGUCGAAAUUGGCUGGACGGCAACUUAAAGAGGAAGAGAGAGCGAUUGAUGACAUUUAUUUAUUUUAAGGAAUUGGUUCAUGUGAUUAUGGGAUUGGUAGGUCUGAAAUUUGCAGGCAGGCAGGCAGGCAGGCUGGACACCUAGGCAGGAUUUCUAUGUUACAGUCUCAAGGCCGAAUUCCAUCUUCUCCCAGAAACUUCAUUUUUUCCUCUUAAGACCUUCAACUGAUUGGAUGAGGCCCGCCCAUGUUAACAAGAGUAAUCUCCUUUAGAGUCAGCUGAUUAUAGAUGUUAACUACACCUACAAAAUACUUUCACAGCAACAUCUAGUGU